AUGGCUGACGAAGAGUUUGAGCAUGACGAUGGUGGUGCAGAUGACUUUGACGAAGUUGAAGAUGAUGCAGAUUUAGAUGAAUUAGAUCAGCCUGAAGAAAAUGAAGAUAACAUUGAUAUAUUACCUAUUCAAGAAGCUCAAAGUCAAGUUCAAAAGUCUAAACGAAUCACAACUAAGUAUAUGACAAAGUAUGAAAGAGCUCGGGUAUUAGGUACAAGAGCCUUGCAGAUUGCAAUGUGUGCCCCUGUCAUGGUAGAACUUGAAGGUGAAACUGAUCCAUUACAAAUUGCAAUGAAAGAAUUGAAGAAACGUAAAAUACCUAUUAUAAUUAGAAGAUAUUUGCCAGACAAUAGCUAUGAGGAUUGGGGAAUUGAUGAACUAAUAAUAGUUGACCAGUAA